AUGGUUUCCGGUAAUCCGUCCGCGACCGCGACCGCGGCAUGCACGCCAUGCCGCACCGUGAAGAUGAAAUGUACGCGAGAUCCAGACUCGGCAUCCUGCAAUCGCUGCAAGCGCAAAUCGUUAAGCUGUUUCUACGAAUCUCAUCGGCGCGGUCGCAAACCGGGCACAAAGCUGCGGCCCAAAGCUGAACGUUUAAAAGCUGCUGGACUCCCUGCCUUGCUCUCGAGCGCACCGCCACAAGACAGCAGCCCUGCCGUUACGCCAGAAGGAAUUGUCGGAUCCUCAAUAGACACACGCUCACCAAAACGAAUAAAGUCGGACACCAGCUUCAGUUCCCCAGAUCUACCCGAUAAACCAAUACAACCUGCCAUAACCUCCGAUAACCCACUGCCUACGAAGCUGGCUUCUAUAGCACAAUUAACACACCCUCUUUCGGACAGCCUUGCGCCGUUCGCUUUGCUGAAAAAGUCUUCCACACCAGGAAACUUCUCCAUUGCAAAUAUCUUGAAUGCCGAAAAUGAAAGCCAGGCUGAGGAGCCGUCCCACUGGAAAGACUGCCUGGCAGACGAUGCCCCCAUCGACCAGAACGAUCCGGUACUUCAGAAUUUGAUCAAUCUUCCUAUAGCCCAAGGCCUUUUUGAUAGUUUCUUCAAGUACAUGAACCCAUUCAUAUGCCAGUUUGACCCCGUCCUCCACACAGUACGAUAUGUUCGAAACCGGUCGCCGUUCCUUUUCACCGCCCUCCUUACUGUCGCGGCAAAAGUUUUCUGUCCAGCGCUAUAUGUCAAACUUCGCGAACAUAGCGAGAAGUUGCUUCACAAUAUCAUGGGCUCAGGCGAGAAAUCCCUCGAGGUAAUCCAAGGCGUCUGUCUUUUGACACACUGGAAGGAAUCCAACGACACACGCGCUUGGAUGUUUAUCGGAUAUGCCAUUAGGGGAGCUUUAGAAUUAGGCUUGAAUAAACUUAAGCCGUCUAUUCUAGAUAAACCAAUGCAACUUGUUUCUGGCUUCGAGGAGGAAAUGGAGCUACGGGAACAACGCAGCAAGGAGCGCACCUGGCUCGUCUUGUUCAUCUAUGAUAGGAGUCUAAGUCUUCAGCUAGGAAUGCCCUCAAUGAUUAGCAUGGACCCUCUAAUCCGAAACGUACAAAAUUGGCACCAGCAUGCAUAUGCCACCCCAGGAAUUGAUGAGAUGGUCACGGCUCUGACACAGCUACGCAUCAUCGGCUUCGAGCUCCUAGAUCUCUUCUGGCUUGAUCCCCUCCAUACAUCACCAGAUUUCAUGAAGAAGGACGAGUUCAUCCUUCGGCUGUGCAACGAUGAAUUAGAUAGGUGGGAGGCUCGAUGGCAUUUGGUCAUAGAUGAAGCCGACGCCACUCUAACCCAGCGAUUCCUUGUUCGAUUUUAUGGACAUCAUCUGAGGCUAUUGCUUCAUUCGUUUCAACUGCAAUUAUCCAUUGCCAAUGGGUCUGCUUCCAAACCUGCGCUAUGGGUUUGCUACGCAAGCUCUUUGGAGAUGGUUCGGCUAAUUAUAGAUCGCCUUGGGACAACUUCUUAUCUAUAUUAUUGCCAGGAUUCGAUUCAUGUGAUGGUUGCAUACGCGGCUGUUGCUAUUGUAAAGAUCCUCCUAUCCUUCCCCGGAGAACUUCCAGGCGAGGCGGAGAAUAAAGUCCUCGACUACAUACUGGAAGCAAGCGAAUACUUUAGUCGGCAAUCGCCUACAGACAACACCAGUUGUCACUACCAGGGCCAGUUCCUGGCAAAUGUGGUUUCACAGUACCGAACCUCCAGGGAUUUGCCUGCAUCUUCUGUGAAACGACCGGCUUCGAAAGAGCUCUGUGAUCUGAUGCAGCAAACUACAAGCGGUGCAGAUGCCAAAACGCAAGUAAAUCUCUCACCGAUAGCUGUGCCGCCACUUCACCAAACGCCCCUUCCGUCGCCCUUUCAACCCCACCACCACCAGCAGCAGCACCAGCAGGACGGAGUCAGCCAGCCACAGCAGUCGCAACAGCAGCAUCUCACACCUCUUAACCACCAUCUCCAGGUCACAUCGCAUCUUCAAAAUGAUUUAUUUUCGUCCUCAAACACUCCACCGCCGAUACCCAUGCAUAUGCCGUUAAACGACCCACUGCAUAACCCGCAUCACGACCAGCAAACCCUCCCCCUGAUCCACCCUGAUCAUAAUCAGCAACUACUUGCAUGUGCACGGCCGCUGCUCCCGCCAUCCAACAUCGAGUGCACUAUCAGCGGGUCCAUAAACAGCGGCAUUAUGAGCUCGGGGAGGAUAUUUGCUUCCCCAAGUCUUCACCCAUCGUCGACCCACCAGGCCAACAACAAUAACACCAGCACUAUGAUGGGUAGCGGUGGGACAGCACCUGCAUCAGGGAUACCGGUGACUUCAAGUUCUGGCCCUGCUGGAAACGCUCCUAACAACAGCGAUAGCAAUGACGGCUACGACAACUACACGCCUACCAAUGCUCAGAAUGUCACUCCGUUCAGCAAUACCGGAACGUGGGAGAAUCUAUUUGCCCAUGCUGGGUUUAAUAUCAACGGUGGAGCAUUCCUGCCAAACCCCGGAAGUUCCUGA